AUGGACUUGCUUCUUUCCAACCAAGCUAAGCAAGAGCAUAUGAACUUUGUGGGUUAUGAACUUUGUGGGUGGUGUGGUCCUAUUCAAGAGGUUUCUCCCAAGAUCAAUGAGGUUGAUGGUUUGGAAGGCCAAGAAGAGCUGUGCUUCAUCAACAACAAUGGUUCUUGGUACAGGAAGGAGCCUAACUUUCAGUACAACAACUACCAGCAAAGGUCUUACUCUAACAACCAGCAAGGAGGAUACCAGCAGAAGCAAAACACCCAGGAAGGGAGCUAUCAGCCUAGGAAAAACACCCCUCCUUGUUUCACCAAUAACAACAAUCAGUCUACUCAAGCUCAAGGAAGUUCUUCACAAGCUCCAGCUUCAGAUACAAGUGUGGAUGCAAUGUUCAAGAAACUUUUGGAUUUUCAGGCAAAGAAUGAGAAUACAAUGGGUUAUGAGUUCAAGAACAUUCACUCCAGGAUUGAUGGAAGCUACAAUGAGCUCAACAACAAGAUCCAACAUUUGGAGAACCAGUUUGCUUCAAUGAACUCUCAGCCAAGUCGCCAAAAAGGGGCAUUACCUGGAAAGCCAGAGCAAAAUCCCAAGGAAACAAUGAAAGCAAUCACCCUACGGAGUGGUAGAGAGUUACCUCCAAGAGUUCUCACCAAGGAUGGUGAAAAGAAAGGUGGGGAGGUGGCUAUCAACAUUGAUGAUGAAGUGGUGAUUGUAGAUGAGAAGGUUGAUGAAGAGAUUCUUGAAAAGAUUGUUGAGGCUAAGGGUAAAGGAAAGGUUCGAGAAGAGAAGAGGACAGUGAAACAUGGUGAAACUGCUACUCCAACAAAGGAAUCCUCUUUUGUUCCUCCUUUCUAUGAGCCAGAGCUACCAUUCCCCGGAAGAUUCAAGAGACAGCUAUUGGAGAAGUACAAGGCCCGCUUUGAGAAACAAAUGAGUGAAGUUCAGGUCACAAUGCCCAUCAUUGAUGCUUUUAUGUUGGUCCCUCAAUACAGCAAAUUCUUGGAAGAUGUUGUAGCUGCAAAGAAGAAAGAGAUGGAGGGCAUGAUGAUCCUUUCUCACGAGUGCAGUGCCAUUAUCCAAAGGUUAGAUGUUCUAAGGAAGCUAGAGGACCCAGGGUGUUUCACUUUAACUUGUGCUCUAGGACCUAUGGUGUUUGAGCGGUGUCUAUGUGAUCUUGGAGCCAGUGUCAGCUUGAUGCAUUUGUCUAUUGCAAAGAAGCUUGUAUUCACUCAAUACAAGAAGUGUAGACUCUCUUUGGUGUUAGCUGACAGAUCAGUGAAGAUUCAAGUUGGUAUCUUAGAAGACCUUCCCGUGAUGGUUGGUAACUUUGAG